AGUGCCUCUGCUGCAAGCAGUAUGGAGGUAACAGACCGCAUUGCUUCUCUGGAGCAGCGUGUCCAAAUGCAGGAAGACGAUAUCCAGCUGCUCAAGUCUGCUCUGGCUGAUGUAGUUCGACGUUUGAAUAUUACAGAGGAGCAACAGGCCAUGCAAAACAAGAAAGGACCUACCAAAGCAAGACCCCUGGUACAAACACUGCCUUUAAGGACAACUGUUAAUAAUGGAACUGUGUUACCAAAGAAACCAAGUGGCUCUCUACCUUCCCCAUCAGGAACCAGGAAGGAAACUGUAUCUCCAGCAACAAAAAGUCAUGGAUUAAGCAGGUCUGUGAGUCUUCUCAAUGCAUGCAAACUGAAAAAGCCUACUAUAAGAUCAGAGGUACCCAAACUUUUUGGAGGGCAGGGGGGUCCUCCACACGCCUGCACCACGCUCAGUGGUGAACCUAGAAGUGCCGGGCAUGGAAGCACCAGUGGCAAACCUGGAAGUAUUCUUGAACACUUCACGACCCUCCUGAGGGCACCCCGCAACCCUAGUACUGUUAAGAGAACCAGUUCAGCUGAACGUGUAUCCCCAGGAGGUCGAAGGGAAAGCUAUGGAGAUUCCAAAGGCAGUCGCAAUCGCACUGGAUCCACCAGCAGUUCUUCUAGUGGUAAAAAGAACAGCGAGAGCAAACCCAAGGAACCAAUGUUCAGUGCAGAGGAAGGAUAUGUAAAAAUGUUUCUUCGUGGACGUCCCGUUACCAUGUACAUGCCCAAAGAUCAAGUGGAAUCUUACAAUUUGGAAGCAAAAGUAGAACUACCAGCCAAGAGGCUUAAACUGGAAUGGGUCUAUGGGUACAGGGGUCGGGACUGUCGCAAUAACCUAUACCUGCUUCCAACGGGUGAAACUGUAUAUUUCAUUGCUUCAGUUGUUGUAUUAUAUAAUGUUGAAGAACAACUUCAGAGACAUUACACUGGUCACAAUGACGAUGUGAAGUGCCUAGCUGUCCAUCCUGAUAGGAUCACCAUAGCAACAGGUCAGGUUGCAGGAACAUCUAAGGAUGGAAAACAAUUACCACCCCACGUACGUGUUUGGGAUUCUGUUACUUUGAAUACUCUCCAUGUCAUCGGAAUGGGUUUUUUUGACCGUGCUGUCACCUGUAUUGCUUUUUCUAAAUCUAAUGGAGGAAGCACGCUUUGUUCAGUGGAUGACUCAAAUGACCACGUGCUUUCUGUAUGGGACUGGCAGAAGGAAGAAAAACUGGCAGAUGUUAAGUGCUCUAAUGAGGCUGUAUUUGCUGCAGAUUUUCAUCCUACAGACACAAAUAUAAUUGUUACUUGUGGAAAAUCACACCUUUACUUUUGGACAUUAGAAGGGAAUGCCCUUAUUAAAAAGCAAGGAUUAUUUGAGAAACAAGAGAAGCCAAAAUUUGUCUUGUGUGUGACCUUUUCUGAAAAUGGUGAUACAAUUACAGGAGACUCAAGUGGAAACAUUUUAGUUUGGGGAAAAGGUACCAAUAGAAUAAGCCACGCAGUCCAAGGAGCCCAUGAGGGUGGUAUUUUUGCACUUUGUAUGUUGCGAGACGGCACGCUGGUAUCAGGAGGCGGAAAGGACAGAAAACUAAUAUCUUGGAAUGGAAAUUAUCAAAAACUUCACAAAACUGAGAUUCCAGAGCAAUUUGGUCCAAUCAGAACUGUAACAGAAGGAAAAGGUGAUGUUGUUUUGAUAGGCACUACUAGAAACUUUGUUCUACAAGGCACUCUAUCAGGGGACUUUUUUCCAAUUACCCAGGGACACACUGAUGAGUUGUGGGGACUAGCCAUCCAUUCUGCUAAACCUCAGUUCUUUACUUGUGGUCAUGACAAACAUAUUACACUCUGGGAUGCCACCACUCAUUGUCCUAUCUGGAACAAAAUUAUAGAGGAUCCAGCACAGUCUUCUGGUUUUCAUCCUUCAGGGUCUGUUGUUGCAGUAGGGACGCUAACUGGAAGGUGGUUUGUGUUUGACACAGAAACAAAAGAUUUGGUUACUGUGCACACAGAUGGAAACGAACAGCUGUCGGUUAUGCGUUACUCACCAGAUGGAAACUUCUUGGCAAUAGGUUCCCAUGACAACUGUAUCUAUAUAUAUGGUGUUAAUGAAAAUGGAAGAAAAUAUACUAGAAUUGGCAAAUGCUCAGGUCAUUCCAGCUUCAUUACUCAUUUGGACUGGUCUGUUAAUUCACAGUACCUUGUGUCUAAUUCAGGGGACUAUGAAAUCCUAUACUGGAUUCCCUCUGCUUGUAAACAAGUAGUGAGUGUGGAAGCUACUAGAGAUAUAGAAUGGGCUACUUAUACCUGUACUUUAGGAUUCCAUGUUUUUGGUGUAUGGCCAGAAGGUUCAGAUGGAACAGAUAUCAAUGCUGUCUGUCGAUCACAUGCCAGAAAACUGCUAUCAACAGGGGAUGAUUUUGGCAAAGUACAUCUCUUUUCCUAUCCAUGUUCACAAUUUAGGGCUCCGAGCCAUGUAUAUGGUGGACAUAGUAGUCAUGUAACUAAUGUAGAUUUUCUAUGUGAAGACACCCAUCUCAUCUCCACAGGUGGAAAAGAUACAAGUAUUAUGCAAUGGCGAGUUAUAUAGAAGAAUCAGCAGUGUGAACACGCAUAAUCGUGAGAUGACCAUGCACAGUUGUUCUGUAUAAACUGUAUAUUUAAAACUUAACAGUAUGUUUGCAGUUUAGCCUGGUCACUGUGAUUUUCUUUAAAAAUUCUUACAAACCUCAGGAAAAUUAAGCCCUGUGCUGGUUACCUUACUCAGUUCAGUGAUUAAGUGUCACAUCUUAAGAAUGAUCUUUAUUUUUGUUUUAUUGUACAAUAUACAAAGCAGUACAAGCUUAAUAUAAAAAUGUGGCUUGAAAGUUUGCAAUACAGUGAUAUCAACAGAACCGGUAAUUAUCUUAAUUCUUUUCUAUAAACUCUACUAAAAUGGUCACAAAAAUGCCUUUCAACAUACUGUAUAUACAUGCUUAAUUGUUUCACUAUCUACACUUUGUACUGUAUAUCUACCUUAUUUAGAAAAUCUGUGGCAACACUGAGGUACUGAGUUGUUUCUGAUAGACAGUGAUGAACUGAUACUAAAAGUAUCGAGAAAGCUGGAAGACACACAAUAAUUAAAAUGUCUAAAUAUGAAAAUGUAAAUGUUAGAAUUUAAUCAUUUGCAUUUUCUAGGAAAUAGCAUACGUUAUAUAUCACCAAUGAGGAGUUAUAUUUCCUUUCACAUAGCUGGUUAUGCCCCAAUGUAACUUGAAUAUCUCAGCAGGGUUUACAGAUGUGUAUCUGGUUCAGGUGUUCCAAGUAAGUUUAAAUUAAAAAUCUUUUUUACUUGUAUAUGAACAGUUUCUUAUUAAAAAACACAAACAAAACUUGACCACAUCCCAAUUAAUGAUUGAUAUAUUUAACUAAUAUGUAUAUUAAUCAGCAUGAUGCUAUAAUGUACAUGUAUAAGAGUUUAGCAAUUCAUAACAAAUGGUAAGGCAAUCUAGGCUUUACUUUUUUAUGCUUAUGGAUAUUGUAUAUUUGUAUUUUAAGACCAAGUAGACCAAGUCUAAAGAUAUCUUUUUAAGUGUACCCACAAACCUGCAGCGGGUAAAGGAAGUCUUGGAAGCCUACAUGAAAUAUUAAUGUGUAACUUCUGGCCCCUGUGUUUUGUGCAUGGAUGGAUAUUUAUAGUAUGAAAUAAGAUUGUGUUUUGCAAUGAACUAAUAAUGGAGGUGAUAUAAAAUGGGUAAAGAAGGCCUUAUCAAUUUUGAUUGUGACAGAUUGAAAUUUCUUGUUUACCUUGAGGAAUGUAUCUAAAGAAUUUUAAAAGAGCAGAGUUAUAAGCAAACUCUGAAAAGUUAAUAUUAAAAUUUUGCUUGUAAUGGGCAGUAAAAAUGUUAAUUCUUUGAACUCUAAAGCACUGGUUGUUUAGAGUGGGUUAAAUGAAAUAGAAUCAGUAAAUUUUGAAACCUUUUUUUAUUACAUCUCCAGCCUGCUACACUGAAAGUGCAGGGCACCAAUAAACAUGUAUCAAAGUGAAAUGUUUUGAUGUAUUUUUACUGUGCAGU